UGAUGUCUGGGGAGGCAGAAUCUAUUGAGGCUAAAAUAGAAGAUUUGAAGGUUGGUGAGGUGAACCAAGCUUCUGAACAGGGUGAUGGUGCAGAUGAUGAUGCGAAGGAAGAUAUUGUCGACCCGUGGAAUGUAGCCACUUCAUCCAGCAAAGGAAUAGACUAUGACAAACUUAUUCUUCGAUUUGGGAGCACCAAGAUAGAUGAUGCAUUACUGGAGAGAUUUGAGAAAAUAACUGGUCAUAAGCCACAUCAUUUUCUUAGAAGAGGGAUCUUCUUUUCACAAAGAGAUGUCCAUCAAAUCCUUACACGUUAUGAAGCAAAGAAACCUUUCUUUCUCUACACUGGAAGAGGACCCUCUUCUACAUCUAUGCAUGUUGGUCAUCUUAUUCCAUUUAUCUUCACCAAGUGGCUUCAGGAUGUAUUUGACGUGCCUCUAGUCAUUCAGCUGACUGACGAUGAAAAGUUUUUGUGGAAGGAUCUCAAAGCUGAGGAAGCUCAGAAGCUGGGUUAUGAGAAUGCCAAGGACAUCAUCGCCUGCGGGUUUGAUGUCAACAAGACUUUCAUCUUCUCAGAUAUGAAUUAUAUUGCAUCAUGUCCUGAAUUCUACCGUAACAUGUUAAAAGUACAGAAGUGUGUAACAUAUAACCAAGUGAAGGGUAUAUUUGGUUUCGGUGACAGUGAUUGUAUAGGUAAAAUCAGCUUUCCAGCCAUUCAAGCCUCUCCAUCAUUUAGCAAUUCAUUCCCAGCGAUAUUUGGGACAAAGAAGGAUAUCCCAUGUCUCAUUCCAUGUGCAAUAGAUCAGGAUCCAUAUUUCAGGAUGACGAGGGAUGUAGCACCCCGCCUAGGGUACCCUAAACCAGCUCUCCUUCACUCAACCUUCUUCCCUGCCCUGCAGGGGGCACAGACCAAGAUGAGUGCUAGUGAUCCCAACUCCUCUAUCUUCCUAACGGAUACACCUAAACAGAUCAAAACAAAGAUCAACAAAUAUGCUUUCUCUGGUGGUGGAGCUUCUGUUGAAGAGCACAGGGAAAAGGGUGGUAACUGUGAUGUUGAUAUCGCAUACCAGUAUCUUACAUUCUUCUUAGAAGAUGAUGACAGAUUAGCAGAACUGGGAGAGGAAUACAGCAGUGGCCGUAUGCUGACGGGUGAACUCAAGAAAGACUUGAUCACCAUCCUGCAGAAGAUGGUUGCUGAAAUUCAGGAGAGGAGAAAGACCGUGACCGACGACCUUCUCAAAGAGUUCAUGACCCCCAGGAAGUUAAACUUCAAGUUAUGAUUCAGGGUCAUCAUCAUGUAGGUUUAGUAGCUUUACAAAUUCAUAUUCAUAGAGUAAUGUUUAUUGCAUUCUUGAAAUUUUCCUGAACAAUCCCAGAAAACAUGGGAGAGGUUUACAGUUGACCAUGAGGUCGUUCCUGAAGGUUACUGUUGGGUGGUAGAGAGAUAGAGAUGAAAAUGAAAGGGGAGAAAGAGAAAAUAAGGUGUAGCCUUGGGAAGCGUUUCAUGAAAAGGCUUGUCAGACGAUUUCUCCAAUCCUCUUUCAUCUGACAAUUACCACAGUAACAGCGCUUCCCAGUAAAUAAGAAUUGAGGAAAGUUGUCAUAUCUGACAACAUGUCAGACAGAAAAUGUUGAUGAAAUGCUUGCAUGAAAAGAUCAUCAAAUUCCAGAAAAAUGUCAUCUAUUAAGUGAACAUAUCUCUCAAUUCAAGAGAAGAUGUUGUGUUUGAAUUGAAUCACCAAUUGACCAUAUUAUCAAGUCCAGAUAUGACAAUCUCCAGGAUUUUGCCUGGUUUUAGGCCCCAACAACUUCCCAUUUUAGGCAUUUUUCAGGCUUUAUAUUGUAUUACACAUAUCAUCGGUGAGCUGGUAAAACUUGGUUUCAUAAAAUUUGACAAACUUUCGAAAAGCUCAGAAAAAGCUAGAUAUUAGAAUGAUAUUAAUAGCAUCAUUCUUUUGCUUAGAAAGGUUUCUCUACAGCAAUUAGCAGAGCGUUUUCAGAAAUGUGAGGCUGCUGCCACCAUCAUAUUUCAAAAUACAACUUUUUCUGACCUGUCCUCAUUUUUUGUUGUUGAAAAUUUUAAAAUAGAAGGUUGUAAUAGCCCACCUAGGGUUUUAAUGUGUUCUGGCUGUGGUGAUAUUAAAUACCCCUGACUUGUAAUAAACCAUACACCACCAACAGCUGGAGAGGAUAUUGCAUAGGGAUGCACAUUAUAGACAAGGCGAUCCCCAUGUGAGUCAUCCCAAUAUGAGUCAUAAGGAUCAUGCUUUUCAACUUCCAUAUCAAAACCAAAAGAAGAUCAAUUUGAUCUAUGUAACCAUGAAUAUCAAUUUUUGGGAUAAUCUGUUUAUUGGUUCAACAAACUUUAUAUUAAUCAAAUUACAAGUCAAAAUUUUAUGACAAGUUGAACAAUAUCAUACUUAAGUUAAUCUGUUUACUGAGUUAACAAACUCGAUAUUACUCUUUUAAUCAUGAGAUGAACAAAUAUUUUGGUGGAAGUAUAGUGAUAUUCAUAAGCAUAUAAUCAUGUCACCCUGGACAUGUUAACAUCUUCCUGCAGUCUUCAUGUUUUUCAUCCUUAUUACUUCUUGAACUAAUAAUAAUAAUAAUAAUGAUGAUAAUAAAGUUAAAUGCAGGGCUCCUGGCUUAAAGCCGGGAAAACAUUGCUCUGUUAUUAUUAUUAUUAUUAUUAUUAUUAUUUUAAAAAAAAUCUGUGAGAACAAUGAGUCUACAGAGAUGUUUCAUAAAGAUUUAAGUCUGAAUGAAAUGUCUUUUUUUUAUUUACAUACUGGUACUUACAAGAAAAAUAAUUCACAUCCAUAAAAACUAUAUGUCUGUUACCUACCCAAAUAUUGACCUCUAAACCGAGAGAUAUGCCACCAGAGAUCAAAGUAAAGUUCCUGUAUUCAUAUAGUUAAGUAAUUAUUUAAGUUUAAGUGGGAAAUUCAAGAUUGAUACUGCAUGUAGGGUGUGGCCACUGACCCUCGAUUUCGAAACUUUGGCAUCCAAACGCUUAUAGGUUUUGGAAGCAUAACAUUUAUUUAGGAUUUUUCUGGAGAGAGAGUGUAAAUUGAUUUCCCACAGCUAAGAUUGAUCUAUCAAUUGCAAACUUAAAAUAGAGUAUUUGCAGUUGAUUGCAAGUGUUUUGUGACACCCCCUUAGAGAAUCCAUAAUAAGCAAAAUUAUGCAAAGAUUUUUAGACCGUUGCGUAUGAUGAAAUAUGGUUGAUAUUAUCAAUUUUUUAUUUCAUUCUGGGGUCUAUAGAAGUAUUGAGUCAUUGGCUUCACUCACCAAAUAUGCAAUAAAGGAAUUUCAAUGCCCUACUGCUUCUGUGACAAAGCCCCAUGUAUUUUGUAACUUUUGUAUAAAGCUGGUCUGGAAAAUACCAGCCCAAGAAAGAUACAUGGUGUACCUUGAAACCUACUACACUAUUCUUCUUCGCCAUGGAAACCUUCAGAAGUUACAAAAUACCAGCCAAUGUCCGCAAAUGAUUAUCAAUAUAAAUCAGAAAAUGUUUGUAGGUAAAAUGAUUAUCAAUAAUCAGAAAAUGUUUGUAGCUAAAAUUUCUUGGGUAAUGAUUUUUUUUAAAUUGGAGGAAUUCACACAUGCGCAGCGAAGCGAAAAAUGCGAAACAACUUUUGAAAAUACGAAAUUGUGCUUUUUUGGCAUGUAUGUUAGAUGUUUGAAUCCUCAUAUCCUGGUAUAUACCUUAGAUGCCGGAAUCAUAAAACCACAAAGUGGAGGAGGGGGUUUAUCGCCCACAGGAAAUUUAUGUUUUAGAAUGUUUGACCCAAGCCUAGAUAAAUGUUUUUAUUGAAUACUUGCCAAAGGUAAAAUUGACGUUGUCAAAAGAAUCAUCCUUUUGGUCUUUGGAUUCAUUUCAAAGACUUAAAGAAAAUAUAGAUCAAGAAAAUCAAUUUAUUUUCCUUGUAAGAAGCAUAUGAGCAAUGUUUGCAAUUAAGUGCAAGACACAUGAUUUCUGGCAAUGCACCCAUAGUGUGUACCAUCAGAAAAUGUUAAUGAAGAGAGGAGAUUCAAUUUGUGAGUCUGAAUCUGCCAGACUAGAAGAGGGGAAUCCCCAUUGUUAGGUGGGUUGUGAAGUGUUAGCUAUGUGGGGGAUGUCCUACGUCAGGACACUCAAUCUUGACGUCGUCGUUUAGAUGAUUGAGAAGAAAGAGCAAUUCCAGAAAAGAAAGUACCACUUUUUUUUACAAGUUAGAACAUGUUUAAUGGAAUAACCCUGUGUCAAGUAAUGCAAUGGUACUUUACAUUGCUAUCAAGAUGCUUGGCAGGGAGGCCAGGAUGAAUACUUCCGUUAAAGACCAACAAGUAAGAUCUCUAUUGAUCAAUCUUGAAAUUAAAUCCCCUGCAAUGGCAAUGUGAAAGUUACAUUGUGAGUCAUUUUUCUAUCCAGGGGGUGUUUCACCAAGAGUUCAGGGCGACUGAGAAUCGCAUUUCAGAUGCGUGCGGUAAUAACGCAUCACCGCAUUGGUCAGAUCAUGACCAUGGGAUGCAGGGUGAACUACAGCGUAUCUAUCAAUCAGGUAAUGAUGCGCAUGGUGUUUAAGCCACAUUAGAAUCUUGGUGAAAAGUCCCCCCCCCCCCGCCUCCUCCAUCAUGUUAAUGUGUACAGUUUUAUGGUGUAUAUUUAUAAUGUACCUCUCUUAAAAAGUCACAAUGUAUAAAUAUUAAAAAGGUAAAUAUUAUUAUCAUAAAA